AUGGAGAGUGAUGACUUUUCGUCUUUUUGGGAAGGCUUCGCUUUAGCAGCCGAGAUCCGUAAAGAGCGCAUUAAACGUUUUCAACAUUCAGUUCACCUUUACUUCAUGGAGGAAGGAAGAAACAUAUUGGAGGCAAUCCUUGAUGACGACGACGACAAUUUAGAAGAUGUUGAUAUGCUUGACGUGGAAGAAGGAGAGUUUGUUGUGGACGACAAUUCACACACUGAUUUAGGACUAAACAGUGGCAGUCGUGACGGUGGUGGUGCGAAUGUUGGAAAUGCAGAGUCUCAAAGUAAAAACCAAAGGCGCCGCGCAAAUAAAAAGAAGAAGAAGAAUAAGAAGAAGAGAGGAGGUGGUCCUGGGUCUAACGUUACUGACAUUAACAAGUUUGUGUUAGAUACAUGUAGACGUUUGAAAGAGAAGAAAUCCUACAUGGUAUAUACGGCUGUAGGUUGUUUGGGGGUUUCUGCGUUAAGUGAUCUUGUGAAAGAGGUGGAUGCAAUUCAGUCUUGUGGAGGGCAGAUGACAGUUGACGGCAGACGUUUUCGAACAGGUGGUGGGAUAUUAUGGAAUAUCAUGAAAGCAAGAGAACCAAUGGCCUACAAAGAGAUAAUGAAAAAAGCAAAGGAAUUUGAGAAGCAAUUUAGGCAACAAAGUAUUUGGCCAGCACCAGAGCAAAAGAAUGAGUGUUCCCCUCAAAGAACUGCCUCUGCAUUCAUUGAUGAGACUCCAGCCAGCAUACCAGAUAGUUCUCAAAAUGAGCUAGCACCUCAAUAUCAGAAUGAGCACUCCAGUGCUGAUGAGAAGCGCAAAUCUGUGCAUGACAGGAUCAGGGUACCUGUUUCAUAUGACGACUUGCUUGGAGAUGAUCUGAAAAAUGAUGAAGCAUGA